AUGAAUACCGAGGAUCUCAAGCACUACCUGGCCGACUCCCCCCCAAGCGUCGUGAGGCUCGAGAUUGAGAAACAUUUUGAAGCUUUGAGUGAUAAGCAGAAGCGUUAUGCUCACUAUAUUAGCAAGGCUGCGUUUGCUGGCACUCGAAUUGUGCUGAGGCAGAUCUCGCCAGAAUCCGAGGCUAUCUAUGAUUUCAUUUUGAGCCUUCAUGAGGCGUCCGGCGGCAACUGGGCCUCUCUGGCUGAGAAGGCCGGUGUUAGUGAGAAGGAUCUGACCUCCUUUCUCGAGUAUGCUGCCAUGUUCCUUGGUAACAACGGCAAUUAUAAGAGCUUCGGAGACUCCAAGUUUAUCCCGAGAUGCGAUGAGAGCGUGUUCAAGGCCCUCGCGGCCACCUCUCCGAAAGCUGAAGGCUUCUACAAAGCAACCAAUGGUGCCAUUUUCAGUGCUGACAAGCAGGGUUUGAUGCAUCUGGGAUACGGCGACGACGGCCACAUGACAACCUACUACCCGGAAACCGCAGAUAUCACAAAGGCGGAGAUCGACGCUGUCUCGAACUGGAUGGAAAAGAAGGGUCUCUUGCCAGAAAACACCAGGCUACGCAAGACUAAUGAUGGCCAUUUCGAACUCCUCAUUGCCGCGGCUGUUACCCAAGUGCCCUCUAACGGCGGUGAUAUCGGCAAAGAGACCGAGUUCAUCGUCGAGGAUGGACCGUUGGAGGGGAAGACGAUCAAGCUCACUUUCGGAGACUAUUCCAAGGAGAUGCAGGUCAUUGCAGAAUAUAUGAAGAAGGCCGCCGAAAAUGCCGACAACGAUACCCAAAAAGAUAUGCACACCGCGUACGCCAAGUCCUUUGAGAGCGGCUCAUUGCUCGACUUCAAGGAUAGCCAGAGGUUCUGGAUUCGAGAUAAGGGUCCUAUGGUUGAAUGCAACAUUGGUUUCAUUGAAACUUACAGGGACCCGGCUGGCAUUAGGGGCGAAUGGGAAGGAUUUGCUGCUGUCGUAAACUUGGAACGCACGCGGGCCUUUGCCGAACUCGUGGCAUCCGCCCCAAGCCUCAUCCCUCUUCUUCCAUGGAACAAAGAUUUCGAGAAAGACGCCUUUUUGUCCCCCGACUUUACAUCGCUGGAGGUUUUGACGUUUGCCGGUUCUGGCAUUCCUGCCGGCAUCAACAUCCCCAAUUAUGAUGAUAUUCGACAAACCGAGGGCUUCAAGAAUGUUUCUCUCGGAAAUGUUCUCAGUGCCAAGGCCCCGAACGAGAAGAUUCCGUUUAUCGCCGAGGCCGACCUCGAGCUCUACAAGAAAUAUCGCGAUGCAUCCUUCGAGGUUCAAGUUGGCCUCCACGAACUUACUGGUCAUGGAUGCGGCAAACUUCUUCAAGAGACGUCCCCCGGUGUUUACAACUUCGACCACGCCAACCCCCCCGUCAGCCCGUUGACUGACAAGCCCAUCACAACCUGGUACAAACCCGGCCAGACAUGGGGCUCCGUAUUUGGAAGCAUUGCUGCUUCCUAUGAAGAAUGCCGAGCUGAGCUUGUCGCGAUGUACCUGAGCUGUGAAUUCCCCGUCCUCAAGAUCUUCGGCUUUGGAGAUGGAUCCAAUGAUCUCGAUGGCGAGGCCGGCGAUGUACUCUACGCCUCGUACCUCUCAAUGGCUCGAGCUGGCCUUGUUUCUCUCGAAAUGUGGGACCCGAAGAGCCAGAAAUGGGGCCAGGCCCAUUCGCAGGCUCGCUUCUCUAUUCUCCAGUGUUUCCUCCAAGCGGGCGACGAUUUCUGCAAACUUGAGUACAAGAACGAUGACUUGUCUGACUUGACCAUCAAGCUUGACCGAUCUAAGAUUCUGACGGCUGGCCGGGACGCGGUUGGUAAAUACCUCCAGAAGUUGCAUGUCUACAAGAGCACCGCGGAUGUAGAGAACGGCACCAAAUUCUACACUGACAUGACUACUGUCGAUAAGGACUUCUGGGGCACCAAGGUCAGGAAUGUUGUCCUCGAGAACAAGCAGCCGAGAAAGGUAUUCGUCCAGGCCAACACCACCGUCGACGAGGCUACCGGGAAGGUUAGUAUCAAGCACUACGAAGCCAGUCUCGCUGGUAUCAUUGAGAGCUGGGCCGACAGGAAACUGUGA